AUGCCAAGCAAUUAUAAAAUAGAGAAGAAAUUAAAGGAACUGAAUGCAAAAUGGGAUCUCCAACCCAUACCUGGCCAAGCCGAGAGAGUCCAGUUAAGUUUUAGAGAAAGUUUAGAGGAACAAGAAAUCAGCCUUCAGGGAAAAGGAGUUUUUCACAUGAACACUAAAAUCAAAGUUAAAAUCAGUGGGGAUGGGACUAACAUUGGCAAAAGGCUCAAAAUUAUUAAUGUAACUUACACAUAUGAAACUCCUUGUUAACAAAAAGGUUCUAUCAUAUUUCCGACGGCCACACCCAUCAAAAGCUCUCUUACAAGAAAUGAAAAUUUGGUAGUUUUGUGCUUACUGUGAUUUUCAUGAAAAAUUUCACAACUGGUUACCACCGAUUUAUUAAACUUACAUGUUUAUUGCAUCUUAAUUGCACUUUUUUAGUUCGAAAACAUAAAUUUACUCAUGGUCCUUGGAAGUUUCUUUCAUUAAGUCGAGUCAAUUUUUAAGAAAUCUGAGCGCGAAAAUCAGACCUGCCUAUGAAGACUGGUGAACAGCUUCUCACUGCAUGCCGGGAUAGACGUGUUACCGCCAGAUUUGAAAACUGUAAUAAAUUCCCCGCGUUUUGGGGUGUGAUUCAUGAAUAUUGAUGAAAAUUUUCUCACGGACCCAUGGCCUUCACGUUUUACCAAUAUCUGUUUUUACUGCUGCUAUUCAUUUCCAUUGAAAGAAGUGAAUCGGCUGGAAACGAUUCAGGAUAGCAGGGAAGCAGUUCAUCGGGUGAUUCUGUUCCUUCGUUCUCGUACGACAUAAACAAGUAAGUAUAUAAAAUAAUAUUAUUACUUUUAAUUUUAACACUAUAAAGGGUGCCGUCGGAAAAGGUAGUUGAGCUCGGAAAAGGAGUAAGUGACAUCGAAUACAAGCGCCGUAGCCGGUUCUAGAAGUAGGAAAUACACUUCACGUAAUGUCAACAAUUUUAAAGUAAGAUUGUGUUACAUGUUUUUUAUGUUAGCGGCAUUUAAAAUAGAUUUACCGGUGUUCCAUUCUUUAGUUUCCUCAUUUACACCAUAUCGAAGGAGAAAAAGAGUGAUGACGGUGAAGGUAACGAUUCCCCUAUAG